AUGACCACCGUAGGCGGCGUGGUUUGUUGCCCGUGGCGGGUCGGUCGCCGGGCAGCGGGGCAAGGGCACGGCGUUACUGGCAAGAGAUUUAGCAUGGUGGCGAAAGGAGCAGGCGCGGGCGGCAUGCAGAAGAAGGUAGUAUCCGUGGGCAUCACGCCCGCUGCCAUCUUUAGUUACACCGCUGGCGAGAAGCUCAGCGCGUACAUGGCCUCGGUACCCUAUCCGGUGGCGUCCUUCAGCUUCGGCUGUGAGACGAUCGUCCGCAAGAACCGGGCGCCGGUGGUGGCGGGGUUCUCAUCGCGGGGCCCCAACCCUGUCGUCCCCGAGCUGCUCAAGCCCGAUGUCGUCGCGCCGGGAGUGAACAUUCUUGCCGCCUGGUCGGGCGACGUAUCUGUGUCGGGAGCUUCCGACGACGGCAGGAGAGCCGACUACAACAUCAUCUCCGGGACGUCCAUGGCGUGCCCGCACGUCGCUGGCAUCGCAGCAAUGAUCAAGAAGAAGCACCCAAGCUGGACGCCUGCCAUGGUACGUUCGGCGCUGAUGACGACCGCCGGGACGGUCGACAACAGAGGCGGAGACAUCCUCGACAACGGUAAGGGGGUCAUCGUGGGCCGCGCCGACAACGUCAGGGUCGCGACGCCGCUGGUGGCCGGGGCCGGGCACGUCCAGCCGGACCUCGCGCUGGACCCGGGCCUCGUCUACGACGCCGGAGAGCGCGACUACCUCGACUUCCUCUGCGCCCUGAACUACACCGUGGAACAGAUGCGGCGGUUCGUUCCGGACUUCGUCAAUUGCACGGGAACGCUCGCCGGCGGCCCCGCCGGCCUCAACUACCCGUCGUUCAUCGUGGUCUUCGACAACCGCACCGACGUCCGCACACUGACGCGGACGCUGACCAAAGUGUCCGAAGAGGCGGAGACGUACAAUGUCACUGUCGUGGCGCCGGAGCACGUGAAGGUGACCGUCACGCCGACGACCUUGGAGUUCAAGGAGCACAUGGAGGCGAGGAGCUACUCGGUGGAGUUCAGGAAUGAAGCCGGAGGGAACCGGGAGGCAGGCGGUUGGGACUUCGGGCAGAUCAGCUGGGUGAACGGGGAGCAUCAAAUCAGGAGCCCGGUGGCGUUCCAGUGGAAGAACUGA